AUGGCGCCUCGUGAGAAAAGCUCCCUCAAAAGGGGAAGAGCCAGCGCCGAUGCGGACUCGCAGGAGUUGAAGAAACCUCGACGCUCCCAGAGAGUUUCGAGCCAGCGACAGCUGGAGACGCCGAUCGAUCAUGACUAUUUACCCACGCCGUUGACGCAUGGCAACUCGACCGCCACGGACAUCCGCAAGGAAGUCACGGCCACUCCUCCCGACAGUCCAAGCCAUGCCCCCGACCCCUCGCAGGUCCCAUCUUCGCCUCCCGGAGAUACGCAGGCCCUGUCGCAGGCUUUUGCUGACGACGUGGAUGAUGAGAGCGCGGAAGGAGUUUGGGGAUAUCUCCUCCCGUUGGAUGACAAUGUGAGCGGUCCAUUCGUUCUCAAGAAGAGAGAUGGCUGCGCGGGUCGUGACCGUGCUUCGAAGAACGGCCGGCCUGGGGGUUAUCUCAUCGGCCGCCACCCGGAGUGUGAUCUGAUGAUCAACAUCCCCACCAUCUCAAACAGACAUUUUCUUCUCUUCUCGGAGAAGAGAAAGGGUGACGUCGUUGCGAUGCUUGAAGACCUGUCGAGCAAUGGGACGUUUGUCAAUGAUGCAAUGGUGGGACGGAACAAGAAUCGCGAGCUCGAGGACGGUGACGAGGUCUCGAUUCUGAACGAAGCACGGUUUGUCUUCCGCUACCCUCGGACACGAGAUACCCAUGGCUUCCGCCAGCAGUAUCGGGUCCUGCAGCAGCUCGGGAAGGGCCAUUUUGCUACGGUCUAUCUCUGCGUGGAGCGAGCUACUGGGAAACAGUAUGCUGUCAAGGUAUUCGAAAAACGCUCAGGAGACUCGCAGAAGACCCAAGGAGAGGCUCUGCAACAAGAAAUCGCUCUUCUAAUGGGUGUGAACCACCCAAACCUGCUGUGCCUAAAGGAUACAUUCGAUGAGAAUGAUGGAGCCUACCUGGUUCUCGAGUUGGCCCCGGAAGGCGAAUUGUUCAAUUUGAUUGUGAAUAAACAGAAGCUCAGUGAGGCCGAAACUCGUCAUGUGUUCCGCCAAUUGUUUGAGGGCUUGAAAUAUCUGCAUGACCGUGGAAUUGUACACCGAGACAUCAAGCCAGAGAACAUUCUCCUUAAAGACAAGAAGUUGAGCGUCAAGCUGGGUGACUUUGGACUUGCGAAGAUUAUCGGAGAAGAUUCGUUCACGACGACCCUUUGUGGUACCCCGAGCUAUGUUGCGCCCGAGAUCUUGCAAGAGACGAAGCGCCGGCGGUAUACAAAGGCCGUGGAUGUCUGGUCGCUGGGUGUGGUUCUUUACAUCUCUCUUUGCGGUUUCCCGCCCUUCUCGGAUGAGCUGUACACAAAGCAGAAUCCCUACACGCUCGCCCAGCAGAUCAAGAUGGGGCGGUUCGACUACCCAUCGCCAUACUGGGACUCUGUGGGGGACCCUGCACUGGACUUGAUUGACCGAAUGCUCACGGUGGAUGUCGAGAAACGAAUCAGCGUCGACGAGUGUCUCGAGCACCCCUGGCUGACCGAGAAGUAUCCCAGCCUGACUGACAGCACCGAUGGCUUGACCGGCGCCCUCGGAAAACUUGAUUUUUCCAAGCGUAAGGUCGAACGCGAGCGCACCUUGCUGAGCACCGUCAACGCCGCCAACUUCAGCGAACAUGUGGAGGGCAGCGGAGCCCCGAUCAAGGUCUUUCAUAAGAACGAGGCUGGAAAGCGCGUGCACAACCGACCUGCUAAGCCUAAGGCUUCGCAACGUGAAGCGUCGCCAGGCGAUAACAGCGCCCCCAAGGACUUUGCCAAUCUCGGGGAGCGAGGCGAUCCGGCGCUCUACGAUGAAUGA